AUGUAAAACAUGAUGGAUAAAAUAGAAACAUAACCUUUACUUUGAAAAACUUCCUGUUAACUCUGUAAUUAUGGUGUUAGAUAGUCGUUCGCUUUUACUUCUUUUUGAUAUCUUUAUUUACACCGUAUGUAAAGAUGGUAGAUGUUUCCGGGAAAACAAUAAAACAGGACACAUCUCACCUAUACACGAUAUUGAUUUCUUUUGUUGUGCCAAUUACGAACACAGCGACGGAAAGUGUGUGGAAUGCCAAACUGGAUUAACAUCUACAAAAAAUAAACCUUGCAAACCAUGCCAAGACAAUUCGUACGGACAACGAUGUACAGAGAAAUGCAAAUGUACAGAAACACAGAGGUGUGAUAAUGUGAUAGGAUGCGUGAUGUAUUUGAGCACAUCUAGUCAUAUUUCUGAAUAUGUAUACCAAAGUGAAGCAAGUUCGUUACCAUUGACAUACCCAAAGACAACAGUUCAAAGUCCAAAAAAUGACACACUGGAAGGUAUGCAGAUCAAGGCUGUUCUUAUUUAUAUUAUAUGUGCAGGAUUAGUAACAUUAAUAGUGACAGUUGGUGUUGUACGUUUAAUUUACCGCAGCAAAAGAAGAUGCAAGAAGAAUAUAAGAGUCCAACAAAUUCAAAACACUCAAAACUUUCAAAGCGAGCAAUACAUAACAGUUUUAUAAUCAAGAUGCAAAUAUAUGCAUGCAAGAAUAAAUAAUCUAACACUA